CUAGCCGGCCACCGCGCGUAAGACCACAGAGGGCGCGCUGCAGACCGCCGAGAGCCCCGAAGCGGAGUCGGACACCCCCGGAGGGAAGCAAUGAGGUAGCAGCAGUCCCCGGAGCAGACGCUGCGCGCGUCCUGCCCUCGGAGCCCCGCGCUACCCUGGCCAAGCCGGCCGAGCGCGAGUCCCCGGCGUCCCCUCGAAGCGAGGAUGCAGUGAGCCGCGGGACUGCUGUGCCUAGCCCACCGCGGCCAGCCGGACCACUCGGACGGUACUUGAGGCAAGCUGCUCAUUCCGGGAUCAGUCCAGCUGAGGGGCUCGCCCUCUCCGGCACCCACUGAGGGUGGGGUGCACCGGCUCCUGGGCGCACUGCUGUAGUUUCCGCGGCUCCUGGCCCUGGCCCAAGACUUGUGUGUGUGUCACGUUCGCUGAAGAAGAGUUCCUGCUUAUUCUCUCACCAGCCCGGGUGCUUUGGCCGAGGCCCCCUUCUAUUUAUUUGCACGCACUCAUAUGGUUUUUUUUCUAAAAUCAUUUUCCGCUCCGCUCUCUUAUUUUGUUGCUUGUCUGAGACUUUUGUCCUGGUCCUUCUCAUCUAGGCUUCUGUAAUAUAUUCAUAUUCUCUCUCUCUCUCUCUCUCUCUCUCUCUCUCUCUUUCUCUCUCUCGUGUGUAUACCUCUCUUGCACACUCAAAGUUGUAUAUUUUUUUCUUUCUAAGAUUCUACCCCACCCGCUGCGGGGUUCUCAAACACUAUCUGGCCUCUCCUGCUUCCAUCUCCCUGUCCCGGCUGUGCUCCCAGCUCGAGUUUAUUUUCCGGGCUUGCCCGGGCCAAACGCAGCCGGGGCUGGUGGCCCUGCGGGGCUCAUACCCCGCGCUCGGCCGCCGCCGCCCAGACGCUCCCGGGCGUCCUCCGGAGAUGCUGCCGUGGAAGAAGCACAAGUUCGAGCUGCUGGCCGAGGCGCCGCCGCGGCAGGCGUCCAAGCCUAAGGGCUACGCUGUGAGCCUGCACUACUCUGCGCUCAGCUCCUUGGCGAGGGCCUGCCCGGAAGGCGCGCUCAGCCGGGUGGGCAGCAUGUUCCGCUCCAAGCGCAAGAAGCUGCACAUCACUAGUGAAGACCCCACUUACACUGUGCUCUACCUGGGUAAUGCUACUACUAUCCAGGCGCGCGGCGACGGUUGCACUGACCUAGCGGUGGGCAAGAUAUGGAGCAAGAGUGAGGCAGGCCGUCAAGGCACGAAGAUGAAGCUGACAGUGAGCGCGCAAGGCAUCCGCAUGGUGCACGCCGAGGAACGAGCGCUGCGGCGCCCCGGCCACCUCUACCUGCUGCACCGCGUCACCUACUGUGUGGCAGACUCGCGGCUGCCCAAAGUCUUUGCCUGGGUGUACCGGCAUGAGCUGAAGCACAAGGCGGUAAUGCUACGCUGCCACGCGGUGCUGGUGUCCAAGCCGGAGAAGGCUCAGGCCAUGGCCCUGCUGCUCUACCAGACAUCAGCCAACGCUCUGGCAGAGUUUAAACGUCUCAAGCGGAGGGACGAUGCGCGUCACCAGCAGCAGGAGCUGGUGGGUGCACACACCAUCCCGCUAGUGCCGCUGCGUAAACUGCUCUUGCACGGACCUUGCUGUUACAAGCCGCCGGUGGAGCGCAGUCGUAGCGCUCCUAAGCUAGGCUCUAUCACCGAGGACCUGCUUGGGGAACAGCAGGAGGAGGAGCUGCAGGAGGAAGAAGAAGAGGAGCAUCUCGAGGGCUGCCUGGAGGAGGACGAGGAAGAAGAGGACCGUGUGGGGGAUGGGGAUCCAGCAGCGGAAGAAGCUGAGGCACAGAGGGCGCUGGUGGUGGCUAUGCACUUGGAAUGUGGGGACUUGCUGGACCCACUAGAGAAUGGCCACGAGGAGGCGUUGGGGGGCAGCGGGGUCUCGCUGGGCCUCAGCUCUGGGACAUCACCUCGUCCGCCAGGCUGUGCCUCCGACAUGAAGGCCCAACUGUCGCAACUUAUUAGUGACCUGGGCGACCUUAGCUUUGGCAAUGAUGUGCGCACCCUGGAGUCCGAUUUAAGGGUGACACGCCUGCUGUCGGGCGAGAGCACGGGCAGUGAGAGCUCCAUCGAGGGCGGAGGCCUGGACGCCACCUCUGCCACCUCUGGCAGCCCAUCCGGCCCUGCUGACAGCACCAGCCUAGAGGAGCCCUAUUCCAGCUAAGAUCCCAGAAAACUCCGUGUGCCCAGCACCCCACAGUGGCUCCCCAGCUGUAGUUCUGUCCCCCCUAACCUCCGGGAAAGGGAAAUUAUGCACCUGAGGGCCAGACCUGGGUUUGGAGUUCCCGGGGGCUUCUCUCCCAUCUUGCCCCAGCACUUUUGGCUCUGAGGUGGUUCAGGUUGUGAGUGUGGAGAUGUGGAGGGAGAGAGAAGCACUAUAAAGGAGAGACAGACAGGCCUGCUUCGGGGGUGAGGGGGCGGGGAGGGUGUGGGACAGGGAAAGCUGGCUGAAGUUGGAAAAGGCCAAGGGCGGGCUAGAGGUGCCCAGCGGUCAGUUUCCUGUUUGUGAGGCAGCUGGGGCUUGGGAAGGAGGGGUAACUUCCUCUCCAGACCCCCUGACUGGGAGGCCUCCCUCUGUCAUCAAUAUCUCAUUAACAAAGUCAUUCUCAUAGUAUUGGAGGCUUUCAUGGCUCCACAUUACCUGCCCCCAGUUCUUUCGGAUAUUGGGCUGUUUACCUCAGACUCAAAACUCUUUAAAGAUUGCCAAAUUUCUCAAAUAACUGUACUGGGGUGAGGGGCAGGGUAUGAAAGUUGUGUUUUGUUUACAGUUAAAGACAUCUAAUACCUUUAAAAAAAAAAAAGGAAUUUUCCUCUAGAAAUACACACCUUCCUCCUGUUCCAAAGAGCAUACUCCAUGAUGCUGUGUAAGAUAUUUUUGCACCUUUGUGAAGUAUUUUUGACUUUUUUUUGUACAUAACUGUGAUCUCAGAGCUGAAUGUUUAUAUAUCUUUUGCUGUGCAAAAGAUAGCUGUAAAAUGUUGUUCAGUUGUACAUACGGAAAUGUGUAUAAAACAUUUUGUUAUUUUUUUGAGCAGCAUUGUUUUGGUUCUGUUUGCAUGUCAGUGGGGUGAGAAUAAAGAGGAAAA